GGUCAAACAGUGGCUUUAACAUUGCUCGGACCGCCUCCAGCACCGCUUACGGUGAAUGCUCGGGAAAUGCUGCAAAUGCGAACUCGAGAAUGUAAACCGAUUAUCACUGAACCAGCACCCAUUGAAGGAGAACGGAAAGAAGAAUGGAAACGAAAGCGUGUAAAGAUUAUCAGGCAGAUGCUGGAUGAGGAACGACGACACGUCGAGGUAAAAUAUUCCAUUCACCUCGCCUUUACUUUUUCACGAGUAAAAUAUCACCAAAAGCUUGAGAACACAAUGCAGUGCAUGUAGGA